AUGGCGGGGUCAAGUGCAAAUGCCACGCUGGGAGCUGCUGGGACUGAGCUGUUGGCGCUGCUGCCACACAGCCUCUUCUGCCACUUCGACAGUGGGGACAUCGUCUCUGGUUGGUGGGGAGGGCUGAUUCGUAAGCAAGAGGUAGAAGGUCGGUCAAGUUGGGAGCUUCCAGAUCUACUGAAUGGUAAAAUCCAGGCCAUCAGUGACUCAGAUGGAGUGAACUAUCCCUGGUAUGGAAACACAACAGAAACUUGCACCAUCGUGGGUCCCACAAAGAAGGAGUCCAAGUUCAACAUCAGCAUGAACGACAACUUUUACCCGAGCGUGACGUGGGCAGUGCCCGUCAGCGAGAGCAACGUGGCCAAACUCACAAGCAUUCACCGGGAUCAAAGCUUCACCACCUGGCUGGUUGCAACCAACAUGGCUACCAACGAAAUGGUGACCUUGCAGACUAUCAAAUGGCGCAUGAGGCUGGGCAUCGAGGUAAAUCCCAGCAGACCCUUGGGGCACCGUGCCAAGCUGCAGGAGCCCUCUGCUCAAGAGCAGCCCCAGGUCCUUAGCAAGAAUGAGCCAAUACCACCCAGUGCCCUUGUCAAACCCAAUGCCAAUGAUGCUCAGGUACUCAUGUGGAGGCCAAAGGAUGGACCACCGCUUGUGGUGAUACCUCCAAAACACCGAUAA